GAUACAAUAUACGUAUGUUACAAUAAAUAAGCUAGCCAAAUUCUCGUAACUAUUUAAAAUAUUGAAAUAAUCGCAAUGUAUAGAAAACUAGCCAAGGGAAUGAAAAAAAGCGUGACCACAGAAAAACCUAAGAAGAACGGUAAAACUGUUAAAGGUGCAAUGAAUAUUUCCGGGGUUAGCCCGAAGGUACUAUCUAAUGAAGAAGCAUGUGGUAUAUCAAAGUCAAUAAGUGAUUUUAUACGCCGGGAAGUUGCCAAUGCCAUGAUGACUGGAAUACUCAAUCCAAAAGCUAUACAAGCCGCUGAAUCAACUUGGCGAGGCGGUAAUGAAUUUGUAAAGCUUGAUGACGUAAAGGACAUUGUCUACAAAAUCAUCCCCAACUUGGAUGGUUCGAUUAUAAAAAGCGACACAAAGCAGGUCGAGGAAACCAUCAAACGAAUUAAAAAUCGGCUCUUUAUUGUCGAAGAAUCUGUAAAAAAGAUAGAAAGCCGUAUAACUGCGAUAGAGCAGUCAUUAGGGCCGGUGCGAGCCCAGAAUACCGUCAAUGUGCCCUUCUUGGACCCGUUGGUUCCUUCGAGCUCAAUGACUCGACUUCCAGAUAUUUCCAAGAUUCGGCUGCCACCUCAGUCGUACGAUGUAAAUAUAAGUGAAAGUAGCGAAGAGGAUUCGGACUAUCUUGAUAAAAAAUUUGGUUCAGAGGGUCCCAUUUUGUCUCGACCGGGCAAAGACGGUAAAAAGAUUUGCGAUUAUGAGCUAAUAGAUAAAUAUAAUAGACAGGAAGGCGGAAGGGAACAAACUCUGAAGAAGGCGAUAUUUCCUUCACAGUCCCUGGCUUUGGAUGAUAAGACUGAAUUACAACACCGUAUGGCCGAGAGGCGACUGUUCGAGACAAACAUGCUUCUGUAUCAAAAAUCUCCUUUCACGCUUCACCUUAACAGUCACAAGGACCAUGUUUCUAAUGCCCUUGGCUUCCCUAGCUCAAAAGUGACUCCUAACCACGAAUUCCGAUCAAGAAUUCGUAGAACAGAAUUUACAAGAAAUACCGAAGAGUCUCAAUGGCUCUUUGAGCAAUAGUUGAUUAGGAUUUAAGCUUUAACUUGAAUUUGAUUUGAUGUUU